AUGUUCCGCGCGUGCUGGUGUUGUAUGCAGAAAGUGCCGGACACAGUGCCGGACGGGCAUGUCGGUACUCGCAUGCUUGCCGCGACGUCGUUUGGGUGGGUGGCGAAACGGAUGGACAUGCUGACGGGCGAGAAGGGCUGUAGUGGGGUGAGCAUCAAGAACAUCAAGACAAAGGGGCUGAGGACGUUGCGCGACAACAUGGUGGAGUACAUCUGCAAGCGCAUCGCCAAAAAACGAUCUGCGGCGCCGACUUCUCAAGCCGUCGGACCCGCCAACAGUGCGAUUGAUGACGACGGCGCGGAAAGACAGACGGCGCCCCAAGCAGCAGUUGCCUCCCAGCAUAAGGGGGACGUGAGGCUGGGGAAGGAGAAGGAGGAGGUCGGCGUGGAGGCAACGACGGAAAAGGGCCAAGAGGAGGCGGCCUGCGAGGGAAGUGGGAAGGUGUCGGUCGACGCCGGCGAAGGGGCGAACAUCACGGGCGUGCAGGAGACGGGGGAAGCAUCUGGUCAGCAGGGUCCUGAAGACGACGUCGAGCAGUUGCGACGGGAGAAUUGGUUGUUGAAGGCGGAGAAUGCUCGGCUGGAGACGUUGUUCAGAGAGGAGAAGUCUCGGUUGGACAGGUUUUUUGUUGGGAUACGUGGACUCAUCGACAAGCUGCAAGUUUUGGCCGACCAGGUUGCCGUGUCCGACCGGACUGCAGCAAAACGGCUGCGGGACGCGAUGUCGGCCAUGUCGACGACCAUCACGUGCAACAUCACCAGCAGCUUUGACAAAGCGUGGAAGGCGAUGAAGUCCUUCGCGGAAAAGGCGUCGGCGUGGUUGUUGGACUUCGACAAUCCGGAGGGAAAUAUGGCAUAUGAACGCGCAAAAGCCGUCUCCGCCUUGGCCGACCACGUGGAUGGGGUGGUGGGCGAAGCGAAGAGGGGUUUGGAGGAAUACAUCUCCCAACACCUAUCUGCCGCGCAGGUCAACAUCGCCACCACUGUGACUCACAGCUUCGCCGUGCAGCCGCCGCCUCCGCCUCAGCCCACACCGCCCGCGCCAACGCCCACCUUCCCGGACGAGCUCUUGAAGUCAUUCAAGGCGGACGUCUUGAAGGCGGUGACGGAGGCCACCCAGCAGUCGUUCGUUGCUUCUAGGAUGAAGAUCAUUAUCGAGAUGAUCGGCACUGUGGCGCCUGGUCGGCGUGGGUCGUCGCCGUCGGCCAAUGACGCCGAAGCUGCGCAACGGAGGGAGGCCGACAACCGCGGCCCUGUCGGCUCAAAACCUGCUGCUAGGAGCAUGGUCGACCAGCUGAAGAAGAAGGCGGGGUGGAAGGUCAUAAGGUCAUCGCACAGCAAAGGAGAUGGAAGCGGGGGGGCAGAGGGUGGCCAUGCCGACGAGGUUGCCGCUAAAGUCGCACGACCGAAAGGCCUGCCUUGGGUCGCCGAGCGGACCCAUCCUCAAUCAAGCGGUGGGAAAAGCGAGAGCGACAAGGAGAUCCCAACUGCUCGGACGGCGAAAGAUGGCGGCGCUAGAACCGUCAAGGGACCGUCCGUCGUGGUGGUGGGGUCCACGUCGAUUCCCCGUAACCCCCCUGCGGCUAGCAGUGCGCCGGCCGGCCAGUCAGCUUUCAACAACGAUGGGCCGUCCCUUGCGGCCCCUCCAGCUCCAGUAGGCCCAUCUGCCGCCAUGGACGAGGCGAAGGAUGCUGCGGUUAGGGGAGAUGGUCCGUGCACCAAUAAGCUGCCCGCAGGUGGGGACGCGCUCAGGAACUUGCUCCACCGCAUGGAGGCCCAUCACAUGGAUGCUGCCCCUGCCAAAACAGCACGUCGCUCCGUCACUCCGCAGGUCGCCGGCACAACGUCCGCUGCCCCACCUGUCGCUCCUCUAGUCGCCGCCCGACCGCCUUCGGACCCAAAGUCCGCAGUUCUUCGCGCCCAGUUAGGCGCACGUACAGCGCCAGUGCCACCAAUGACCCAGCCGGAACCCGGCAAAAGCGCGACGCCGGCGUCAGUAAACGCGGCCGCACCGACACCCGAUGCAGCUGUGGCCGAUGUGGCGGCGGAGAAGGGUGUGCGUGCAGCGCUAGCCACCGGCGGCCAAGCCGCCAAAGACGCCAACAUCGCUGCCAUCCAGGCCCAUUUUGAAGCACCAAAACGCAUUGUGCACGCCCCUGCUCUGGCCAUCAUGGACACGGCGCAUGUGGAGCCGUCGGCGACUCACGGAGGGAGUUCGGCGGAGCCGACGACUGCAACGGAUGCUGUUGCUGAGAGAAAUGAAAGGGAAACGGAAGGGGAAACCUGA